GUGAAUCGUAGAAAAAACAUGCUGUAGAACUCGAGAACGCACAGCACAUGCCAACAUUUUAAAGAAAUUCAAGUAUCUGGAUUCCUCGGAUGAUCCAAGUCGGAAAAAAAAGAAGAACGAAGAACAUGAAAAAGAAGUUGUUAAUGACACAGUGACAGUGACAUUUACAUAACCUCAUUUUUGGAUUUUAUUUAUGUUUAGGUUCAAAAAUGAUAUAUUUUUGAUGCAAAAAUGACGACCCAAGACUUAGGAAUAGUUGAAAUAUUAUCUAGUCUCGAAGAAGAAAAUUUAAUGACACUCGCACGGACUGUAACACAAGGACUUUUAAAAAUUAACUCUACCGAAGAGGCAGUAAAAGGAAUUUUAAAGUAUUCUCCUGACGUUUUAAGUAUCUUAAGAAGAAAAGCUAUAACUAGAGAAGUGUUGUUUUCAUAUUUAGAUGAAAAAAAUGUGGUUGUUAAAUUACCGAUUACCAAGAAUGAAUUGAUAGAUAAAAUACUUGAGUGUUGGAACGUUUCACCUAUAUCUUCAUCAAGAUCUAAUUCUAGUACAGACAUUUCCCAUCAAAAGCCACAAGAAACAUCAACAGAAAUUAGCAAAAAGGAAGAUGCAAACAGUAUUCAAGCCCUAGCUGAACAAUUUGCCACCUGGUUCUAUUCACUAAUGAACAGCGAAGGUGUUGGAAGUGAACAUUUCUACUCUGAUGCAAAAUUAAAAAUAAACCUUUAUGCAAAUAACGAUUGUGAUUCAACCGUUAUCGAGAAUGAUCCAGAGGAUAUUGCAAAACAAUUAUUUAAAGUUAAAAUUCAACAUAACCUUCUGUUUAAUCCUAAUAUAAGUAAAGAGGGAACUCAAGGAAGGAUGAAUCCACAUGGAUUAGUCAUGGUACUUGUGUGUGGGACGCUACAUGUUCAAGAGACUUGUGUUGGUGUAUUUGAACAAGUGUUUGCUUUGGCGAGAGAUCCUUUUUGUGAUAAUAAUUGGAAAAUUAAAAACUCUGAACUGAAUUUGCGAAGUCAGGGUCAAAUUAUGGGACAACCACGUUUGUGUGAUAGUGAACUGACUUCUGGUCUAUUAUCUCUUCCUUCUAGUUAAUUAACCUAGAUUUCUUUAAUAUUUAUUUUGUAAUAAAUAAUAGUGUUAUACUUUCCUGUUUUUGCAUUAAUUCUUCAUUCUUUCUAUGGACUAUUUUGGUGAAAACAGAUUCUUUUUUUUUUUUGUUAAAGAGGAACAUAGUUUUGAAGUCUAGACCAUUCAAAAACAGCUUAAUUAUAAUAAUUUUUUGAUGGUAUUCCAAAAAUAAGCCAUCAAGCAAAAUCAUAAUUGGAGUUGGUUGUAAAAUUUGAUUGUUACUUUAGCUGCUUCUACAGAAUGAUGUAUUUAUUAUCAUGAAAUAAUAAUAUAAAUCGUUUAUUUAGUCAAAAAAACUAUUUUUUAC